GAACUCCUCCAACAACCAUAUCAUUCAAUGUAAUACGGACAAAACCUUCAACCAAGCCCCUGUACCCCGUGCAAUUACCUACGUCGUAUAUUACAAAGGUACUUCCGGUAUGUCUAGUCACGGGUUGAGCCGAUUCGUCGGUAUGUUCGAGGUAUUUCUCCAGUCUCAUCUACCUCUACCGGUGCUAGAGUAUUUGUAUACUUUGUACACCGUCCAUCAUCACCAUGAAUACCCUGCUGAAUGUUCUGGAGCCACAUCCGGAAGAUAGAUUACAUCUACGCUUACACAGAGCGAGAUCCGUUAUUUUAACGGCGCAAGAACUUGUGGAAAUCCGAGCUGCACAAAGAACCUUCGAGGGAGCAUAUAUACGAACUGCUUUGGGACAAUUUAGUUUCGCUUUGGUAGUAUUAAAGAUCUUUACGGCCGAAUUCUACAGUAUUGGGGCCUUGUUCGCGACAUAUGGAGCCGGCAUUCUAAUGGUCAGCCUGUAUAGGAGGUAUGAGGGCAACAGGCAAUUCUUCAGUGAAAUAGAUGGCGAUGGCAUGGGAAGGAAGAAAUUUAGGACCAGUGGGAAUGCCGUGGUUGUUUUGACGACGCUGAGUCUUGUGGCUUAUGUUUUACUGAUUGGGUUGACCAUAAGGCUCGAGACCUGAAAUCUAUGAUUGAGCUGACUAUAUGGGCGGCACAAUCAACGGAGCAAACAUUCUACGCGGCACGGGGCUAUUUUGGGCUCCAGAUAUGAGAUGAUCGAUGUUAUAGCUCGGGUCGGUUGAUACAGGCAAAGAUUAGGGGAGCAAAAGAGCCAUCGAAAUUCGGCAUUGAUCAGAACCAUUUUUCCAGAAACAAAAUCUGACGUGGCAUACCUCUUCAAUCCAAUUCUAUAUGAGGAUCGCGACAUUUACUUUUUCAAUCUUUUCGGAAGUUGAUCAUCUACACUACCUAAGACUUUCCGUGAUGGAUGUAUGGGAGGCCACUCCGCCGGAUGUCUUAUUGCGAAUGCGAUCAAACAAGCAAAAAAAAAACCUUUCACUUUGUGAUUAUGAUCGUCAUAACACCAUGUUCGGAAGCAAGCAAGCUUAUCUAGCGGAUUCCUGAGCAUUUUCGAUCUGAUAAGCGUCAUCUCGAGUUGGCUUGCCUAUAUAUGUUUCCCUCAGGUCCAGGGAACAUAUAUCAAGAAUGUAAUUCCUGGCGAUCAUAACUAGGGAAUGGUGCUGCAACACAUCACACGUAAUCUCAAUGCAUUAGGUCAUGAACUGUGGUCUAAACCCUUGGUUCCAGUCGGAACACGUCCAUAGUUGACCACUAGUGGUGGGGAUGUCAGUCACUAGACUUUCUCUUUGACCGCUGAAAUAGUGAUCUUUUGAGAAAAACUCUCCAGGACAAAACGCGUCAGCAUCUAGCAGGUUUCCUUGGGAAUUGGGAGGGGGUGAUUUAAUAGCCACAUCGUCCACAUUGAAUACCUGAUUCGAUCGACUGCAAGCUUGUCGUUCCUGGAUCAUUUGAGUUUGGGAAGAAGCUAAGCUAAAUAGCGCCAACACAAAUUUGUACGAUGCUGAUAUCCGACCGCACUAAACAUGAAAUUGGAGCUCGCAUCCAUGGUAGUGUCGGCUACGAUUACAUAUCUCUUCUGAAUCAUCGUUAGACAAUUAUUUCUUUCUCGUCCCGCAUCUGUUUUAGGGUGUUCUUUGGCCAGGUUGCGAUCUUCCAACAGCUCUCUUUUCGAGACUCUUUUCGCAAGGACCGGAAAUCUUAGUGAGACGCCAAAAUUGGAAUUUGAACUAAUAUUUGUUUCAUCCUGAUUGACACCUGCAGUCAUGUACAAAUUAAGGUAGAUGAAUGCCAGGGCCGUUUUGACGUAAUCCCCGUGUUGGGUACUGCAAAUGUCUCAUAGUGUCAUUUUCCGAGGUGACAAAAUUGGCAGCCAUCACAAAUUUAGAACACCACAGCUGCUUCAAAAGCACGAGGCUAGUGUGCGUUGCUAACGCACAAUAAAUCCUAUGAAUCUUACACAGAGUUCGUUUAGGUAACCCCAAAGAUAUCGAGACGCAUGAACAUGAGUAAUUUCAUUCAUGUUGACGACUCACGACCGUAAGUCGUGAUGCCAGCAUGGACUGGGACAAGUGAAGGAGUAUUGACAUGUCGGAAUGGUGCAUGGAAUGCCGGCUUCAUGCAAGCUCCAAUGCAUACCAAUCGAUUUGCGCUGGAUUGGGUGUUCCCGGACUCUCCUGUCAUAUCGCUGCAGUAACAAUUUCCAAUAGCAUGCAUAUCUACAGUGGUUGUCCAUCUAGGAAAGGUACUUCGCAGGCAGUUCGAAACAACAACAUUACAAGAUUCAAUCGAAUAUAUGACUCAACUUUGUACGUCAGGAGUUCUUGUUUACAACAACACUUUUCAGUUCAUUUGCUACAGCUAUGGCUAGUUCAUUCGCAUCUGCUGGGCUCAGCAAGAUAUAUAUCCAGUCAGUUCUAGCCAUGAUGAAACCACAUAUCAAUAAUUUAAGUUCA